AUGAUACACCGAAGAAGGCCCGCGUUUGCCUCAUACUCGCACCUAUCGUCUCUCCGUUUUGAGAUAGCCCUGGAUGAAACGAGGGCAGAGACAGAAGCCAUCGUCAUAUUUCUAUAUAAUCAUUCAGGUAAGGCGAAUCUGUUCUCCGUUCACCUCGUCUCUUGCUCGUUCGCGUCUUAUUCGUUUGUCAGUUCCCAGAUUUGGAUAUCUAUACUUCAACUUACACACCCUCCCUACCUGAUGGAAAUCAAAGCCAGCGCCCAACAUGUCGAGGACGACGUCAAAAUGCCUCCCGACAUGGACAGGGUCAUUCAAGAUGCCCAGAUUGCAACCGAAAAGGAGCACAAGAUGGGCCUGUGGCAAGGCUUGAAGCUCUACCCCAAGGCCGUCGGAUGGUCGAUUCUCAUCUCUGCUUCCAUUAUCAUGGAGGGAUACGACGUCGUCCUGAUGGGGUCUUUCUACGGCUAUCCAGCAUUCAACAGGAAAUAUGGCAAACUCCAGUCGGAUGGCAAUUAUGGCUUAACUGCUGCCUGGCAGGCAGGUCUCUCUAACGCGAUGAACUGUGGACAAAUCCUGGGUCUCUUCCUGAACGGAAUUGUGUCUGAGAAGUUUGGUUACCGCCGGACGAUGAUGGGAUCGCUCGUUGCUACAACUGCAUUUAUCUUUAUUCUUUUCUUCGCCUCCAACGUGCAGACUCUUCUUGUUGGCGAGAUCUUAAUGGGGAUCCCCCUUGGGGUCUAUCAAACCCUCAGUGUCACAUAUGCAUCAGAAGUCUGCCCAGUUGCUCUUCGUGCCUAUUUGACAACAUACGUCAAUCUCUGUUGGGUGAUUGGCCAGCUCAUUGCCUCUGGAAUCUUGAAGGGCCUGUCCGAACGGACAGACGAGUGGGCGUAUCGUAUCCCGUUCGCACUUCAAUGGGUCUGGCCAGUGCCAAUCUUUAUCGGAGUGGUCCUCGCACCAGAAAGCCCUUGGUGGCUGGUUCGCAAGGGCCGGACCGAGGACGCUGUCAACGCCCUUUUGCGACUGACCUCCAAGGGAGAUGCUGAUUUCAGUGCACAUGAGACAAUUGCAAUGAUGGUCCACACCAACGAGAUGGAAAAGGAAAUCACGACUGGUACAUCCUACUGGGAUUGUUUCCGUGGCCACGAUCUGCGCCGCACGGAGAUAUCCUGCCUGAUCUGGGCAGCCCAGAAUCUGUGUGGCUCUGGCUUGAUGGCCUACUCCACAGUCUUUUACCAACGUGCGGGUCUUCCUGUUUCGCAGUCCUUUAACAUGUCCCUGGCACAGUACGCAAUCGGCUUCGUGGGCACAGUUCUAUCCUGGGUACUCAUGGGAUACUUCGGCCGUCGAACCUUGUAUAUUAAUGGUCUGGCUACUCUGUGUACCUUGCUGCUCAUUGUUGGCUUCAUAUCUGUGGCCCCUGAAAGCUCCGCGACCUCCUGGGCAACCGGAUCGAUGUUGCUCGUGUAUACCUUUUUCUACGAUAUAUCCGUUGGGCCAGUCUGCUACUCUUUGGUUUCCGAGAUCCCGACCACCCGACUCCGUAUCAAAACUGUCGUCAUCGCUCGGAAUCUCUAUAACUGCUUCAGUAUCGUUAACGGGGUGAUUAUCCCUUACAUGCUGAAUGUUGACGCCUGGAACUGGCGCGGCAAAGCCGGGUUCUUCUGGGGCGGUCUUGCUCUUGUCUGCUGUGUCUGGGCUUUCUUCCGAGUUCCUGAACCCCGUGGGCGUACCUACGCUGAGAUGGACGCACUCUUCGAGCAGAAGGUCCCCGCGCGCAAGUUUGCCUCUGCCAAGGUUAACCUAUUCCACGAGGAACUGGGUGCCCACGUGGAAGAGAAGUCUUCCUAG